UCACAUCUGUUGUUUUUUCUGUUUUCUCUUUCUUUCUCUUCUUCUUCCACCUCCACCACCAAUCACACUUUGCUACCUUCAAUUCCCUCAACAUCCAGUCCAGGCAGGCGGCAAUGGCUUCCACUCUCCACGCCACCCAUGCGCUCAAACUCACUAACAGUACUCACUGUCACAAACAUUCCGGCUCCUCUGUAUCUUUCCUGUCUUGGCGCCGUGCGUUAGCCACCAGUGACGAUGCCACACUUUUCCCUACCCAUUCUAUUACCAGCGUUAGAGGCAGAAAUUAUAGGGUACCGAGAAUUGUAUGCAAUGCUCAGGCUGUGAAUUUGGCUCCGGGCACUCCAGUCCGCCCAACCAGCAUACUGGUGGUCGGCGCCACCGGGACCCUGGGAAGACAGGUCGUCAGGAGAGCUCUGGACGAGGGCUAUGACGUAAGGUGCCUCGUUAGACCUAGGCCUGCUCCCGCUGACUUUCUCCGUGAUUGGGGUGCCACUGUUGUAAAUGCAGACUUGAGCAAACCUGAGACAAUACCAGCUACAUUGGUUGGGAUCCAUACAGUUAUCGACUGUGCUACCGGGCGUCCUGAGGAGCCCAUCAAAACUGUAGAUUGGGAAGGAAAAGUUGCUCUAAUACAAUGUGCAAAAGCGAUGGGCAUUCAGAAGUUUAUUUUUUACUCCAUUCACAAUUGUGACAAGCAUCCAGAAGUUCCUCUCAUGGAGAUCAAGUACUGUACAGAGAAGUUUCUUCGAGAUUCUGGUCUGAACCACAUUAUAAUCAGAUUAUGCGGUUUCAUGCAGGGCUUGAUUGGACAAUAUGCGGUACCUAUAUUAGAAGAGAAAUCUGUCUGGGGAACCGAUGCUCCUACUCGAAUAGCGUACAUGGACACCCAAGAUGUUGCUCGAUUGACAUUCAUAGCUUUGCGCAACGAGAAUAUCAACGGAAAGCUUUUAACCUUUGCCGGGCCCCGAGCAUGGACAACCCAAGAGGUGAUAACAUUGUGUGAGAGGCUUGCUGGGCAAGAUGCGAAUGUGACUACAGUUCCUGUUUCAAUUUUGCGUUUUACACGCCAGCUGACUCGUUUGUUUGAGUGGACAAAUGACGUGGCUGACAGAUUGGCAUUUUCAGAGGUUUUGACAAGCGAUAUUGUUUUUUCUGUUCCAAUGGCGGAGACGUAUAGUACUCUGGGAGUGGAAGCAAAAGAUAUAGUUACACUAGAGAAAUACCUACAGGAUUAUUUUACAAACAUAUUGAAGAAGUUGAAGGACAUUAAAGCACAAUCAAAGCAGACAGAUAUUUACUUCUGAGAAGAUGGGGGACAAGAUGAUGAUGAUGAUGAUCCAGUAUAGUAUAGUCUAGUAUUAUAAUUGUAAAUGAUUAAACAUCCAAUGAUUAAUUACUUCCAAGUUUGAGCCUUUUGAUCUGCUGCUAUAUAUACUUGUUUUCAAGUAUAGUUUUUAGUUUAAGUUUGGGGCCAGGCUUGUUAACUAAGUCAGUCAAAGCCUGAAUAAUUCACUAAUAAACUGCCAUUGUAAUGCAGAUGAAAGAUCCAAUAGGAAUGGAAGUUGGUUAUAUUUCA